AGUGGCAUUGGCAGACUGUCAAUCCCUCACCAAAGCGGCCAUCAAACAACAUAAAACACACACAGUCACUGAGCUGCUGGGCUCAUAAAUUCCAGCUGGCGGAUAUUUUUGCACAUUGCUUUGCAGAGAGUGUGUAAUUAAUUUUUUUCUUCUCCCCCUUUUUUUAAAAAAAACCCAACAUCCGCUCUUUUCUUUUGCACAAGUUGAAACUUUUUUGCUGCUAUUUUAUCUAUCCGUUGCACAGACAAGACAGACAUUGGGAUCGUUUGUUAUGUAUGUGUGUGUGUUUUUUUCCGAGACGGGGAAAGGACAAUCAGUUUUCCCUCCCACCGGCUGCAUUUUCUUGUCUACUUUUUCUUGUCUUUUUUUUUAAUGUUGCAAUUAGGCGCUGGGGGUGUCUGCUUGGUUUAUUGUGAUUUUUAAAAUCCCCUACCGUGUGUCACACUCGUAACUUUAAGGAUUUGAAAGAAAUAAUAAAGCCUUUGGGUGAAGAUUUGUACCAAAGGAAAGAAAACUUCAGACACCUUAUCAAGGCCGUUUAUCCGAACCACAAAUAUUGUGAUGAAAGAAGAUUGUAACUAAAGAAGAGAGUGAUUUACUGCUCUGGAAAGCAGAAGAGAGAGUGGAAUAAACAACGGAGAUCCGGUCAAAUAUCAAACACUGAUCCCCCCUUCUCUCAGGAGCAGGAACUGAAAUUCAUUACAAGAACAAGAGAUUUACUUGCAUUUUCUCUCUCCCCCCCCCCAAUCUUCCAAGCACAAAACCACCUUAUCGUGAAGCGCUUCUUUCCCCCCCUCCCUCCUCCUUCGCCUCCUCCUUCUCCGGCGUGCCGUUUCUUCUUCUGCUGCCUCCGUUGCCGCCUCUCCAAGUGCAUUGAUUGGGCUGCGGUAGGAGGCAUGGAUGAGCAGUCCAGGAUGUUGCAGACUCUCGCCGGCGUGAACCUGGCUGGCCACUCGGUACAGGGGGGCAUGGCUCUGCCUCCUCCCCACGGACACGAAGGGGCCGACGGCGAUGGCCGCAAGCAAGACAUAGGAGACAUCCUCCACCAGAUUAUGACCAUCACGGACCAGAGCUUGGAUGAGGCGCAAGCAAAAAAGCAUGCACUGAACUGCCACAGAAUGAAGCCUGCUUUGUUCAGUGUCCUCUGUGAAAUCAAAGAGAAAACAGGUCUCAGCAUCCGAGGAGCUCAAGAGGAAGACCCUCCUGACCCCCAGCUAAUGAGAUUGGACAAUAUGCUUCUGGCAGAAGGGGUUUCAGGUCCUGAGAAAGGUGGAGGAUCAGCGGCGGCGGCGGCAGCAGCAGCAGCUUCUGGUGGAUCUUCGGAUAACUCUAUUGAACAUUCAGAUUACAGGGCCAAAUUGACCCAGAUCAGACAGAUCUAUCACACGGAGCUGGAGAAAUAUGAACAGGCUUGUAAUGAAUUUACCACACACGUGAUGAACCUUCUUCGAGAGCAAAGUCGGACACGCCCCAUUUCUCCAAAGGAAAUAGAGAGGAUGGUAGGCAUCAUCCAUCGGAAGUUCAGCUCCAUCCAGAUGCAGCUUAAACAAAGCACUUGUGAAGCUGUCAUGAUAUUGAGAUCACGGUUCCUUGAUGCCAGGCGGAAAAGGCGUAACUUCAGUAAACAAGCCACAGAAAUCUUGAACGAGUAUUUUUACUCUCACCUCAGCAAUCCCUACCCCAGUGAAGAAGCCAAAGAAGAGCUGGCAAAGAAAUGCAGCAUUACAGUAUCACAGGUAUCCAACUGGUUUGGCAACAAGAGAAUCAGGUACAAGAAGAACAUAGGGAAAUUUCAGGAAGAAGCCAACCUUUAUGCAGCAAAAACAGCAGUGACAGCUGCGCAUGCUGUGGCGGCAGCUGUCCAAAACAACCAGACAAAUUCACCCACCACACCAAAUUCUGGUUCUUCAGGUUCUUUUAACCUCCCUAAUUCUGGGGACAUGUUCAUGAACAUGCAGAGUCUGAAUGGGGAUUCUUACCAGGGGUCCCAAGUCGGAGCCAAUGUGCAAUCACAGGUGGAUACACUGCGUCAUGUUAUCAAUCAGACGGGAGGAUACAGUGAUGGCUUGGGAGGAAAUUCGCUGUACAGUCCACAUAAUUUAAAUGCAAAUGGAGGCUGGCAGGACGCAACCACUCCAUCUUCUGUGACCUCCCCAACAGAAGGCCCGGGCAGUGUGCACUCUGAUACCUCUAACUAAUCUCCUCACAACACUUUUCGUUCACCCUGAGCUGAGAUGCCUUCCUGUAGGUGCAUUCAGAAUCCCAGAAGGAAAAGAAGACCUAGCAAGGAAAUGUUAUUGCUUUUUGUAGCCAACCACUGUUGGCUUUACUGUAAAACCUUGUCAUUUCCAGAGAACUCGAUAAAUGUGUUGUGUGUGGGUUUUUUUUUUAAGGUAUCUUAAAUCAUUUGUAUAUGUACCUAAAAUAUCACAAAGAUGCGCACAUUCACACCAUGAAAAUAAAAACAACAACAGCAACCACCAAGCACUUUAUCCAACUAGGCCAAGAUUUAGCAUUGUUUGUAACCCUGUAACUAUUUUGCAAAAAUAAUUUAUUAUCAACUUUCUCCCCUCCCCCCCAAAGGAUGGCCUACCAGUUGCUAGCCUCUUGGCCUUAAGGGUAAUAAGUAAGAACUGUUCUUAAGAUUAACCUCAAGCAGCAGAACCAGGCUGUGGGUAACCUCACCUAAACCUAACUUCCAGUGAGAGCUGGAGUGGAAAUUCAGAUGCUGAUUGUGUCCAAUCUUCCUUUCUUUUUCUUCAUAUCUCUUCUAGAGUGGAGAUACGUUUUGCUCAGUCACCCUUAUUUCAAAGGCAGUUGUGUAAUUGGGGUUUUAUUUUGUUUGCUUCUGAAGCUUCCAUCAUCAUUUCUUAGCUUUUGUUGGGAUCCACUGUUAGCAAAGUAGCUUAGAAUGCUGAUUCUUUUUAACCCUUCUUUAACGUCCACUAUGGUGCAAAGCCUCUCCAUAUGUUGGUCAUCAGCAGGCACAGAUGAUCCACAGGAGAUGGAGAUGCUCGCUGCUCAAUUUUUUUGCAAAAAGCAAAGCCACUGGGUUGUACAGUAUGAGCCGGGUGCUGAGCGCAUCUGCCCCGGGUUUUGCCACUGUUCCUCAGUGGCAGCAAAGAGGCCAAACGGGCACCAUUCUCCUGAGUGUUGUAUAUAGUGUAGCAAAAGAGUAUUUAUACAUUUCACCAAUCAAAACACAGCUUUAUUACCUCAUGCGAACUCAUACGAACCAAUAGAAACAUGUUCUUUAGCUUAGAGUGCUCACUACUACCUCUAAACAAUACUCACGCUGUAGUUCGUCUCCUUUUUUAAAAUGAUUUUUCCUAUAUCAAUUCCCCCUUGCAUCUUGUAAUUAACUCUUUGUUUCCCUUCAUUAAAUGUAAUGUACAUUGUAAUCUUUUAAAUAAUAAUAACAACAACAUUUUUUAAAAUCCAGGUUGCGUUGGCAACUUUCAAAAACAAUUAAAAAUAGAGAGAAAAAGCUUUGAAGUGGAAACAUUGGGUCUUUACAUUUGACACAGAACAGUAAAACUGUUUGUAAAUACAGAGAAACAUUUUGAAUGUUCUUCAUCUUGUUACUAUACUAAUUCACGCAAAAGAAAAAGAGAAAAAAAACAAAUAAUGGAUUGUAAAGCAGACAGGUUUCAGUAUUCAGUACUGUAUAUUUCACCCUGUAUUAUUGGGGGCAGGGGGGUGGGUUGGGUGCUCUUUCUUUUCUUUUUCUUUUUCUUCUCUCUUUUGUAUGGUAUGCGAUUCUGAAACUGAUCGACUCAAUGAAAAAAAUAAUAAUUUGUGGCAGUGAUUCUAAUGUAUUAAACCGUUUCGUGUUACUUUCUAACUGGAUUACACCCUGAAUUGAAGAGUCUUCCUUGUGGUAGUUCUAUGUAGUUUCGAACCAUGAAUAAACUUUUUGCUUUCAUGACUGAAAA